GUCGCCACUGUAUUUCCUGCCGACCCGUUUCACGUUAUUAACCGUAAAGCUCGGCCAAUUUUGUAUACGCAACGCGGAAUUUUACAUCGUCUAUCCGUUGGUGUAUAAAUCACAUUUUUCGUGAUGAGUAUGAAGGAGAAUUCCACGACGCCGGCGAAGAGCACAAACACGCUGAACGCGAAACCCUACGGUAAGAUCGUGCUAACGUUGAAGAAUUGCCUUCUUUCCGAUAAGAAGCUCAACUCCACACCAUCGUAUUUGGACGGCUUGGACGCAGAGACCGAGACGGAUUUGCGGAUAUUAGGAUGCGAGCUCAUACAAACGGCCGGUAUACUAUUGAAAUUGCCACAGGUCGCAAUGGCCACAGGACAAGUGAUUUUCCAACGAUUUUAUUACAGCAAAUCGUUAGUUAGGCACAAUAUGGAGACAACUGCAAUGGGUUGCAUCUGUUUAGCUAGCAAAAUCGAGGAGGCACCCAGACGCAUCAGGGACGUGAUCAAUGUUUUCAAUCAUAUCAAGCAGGUUUCCAGUCAAAAACCAAUACAACCUGUAAUUCUUGAUCAGAAUUAUGUAGCUUUGAAGAAUCAAGUGAUCAAGUCUGAGAGGAGAGUGCUGAAAGAACUGGGCUUUUGCGUUCACGUGAAGCAUCCUCACAAGAUCAUAGUCAUGUAUUUGCAAGUUCUCGGAUACGAAAAGAAUCGCACUCUGAUGCAACACAGCUGGAACUACAUGAACGAUUCGCUACGUUCUGACGUGUUCCUGCGUUAUCAGCCAGAGACGGUGGCAUGUGCCUGCAUUUAUUUGGCUGCUCGUCAGCUGCAGAUACCGCUUCCUGCAUUGCCCUCCUGGUUCUCGCUGUUCAGAGUCGACGAGUCGGCCAUCAGGGACGUGUGUCGGCGUAUACUGCGCCUCUAUUGUCGGCCGCGCGUAAAACCUGAACAACUAGAGAAGCGCGUAGAAGAGUUGCGACGUCAAUACGAAGAAGCCAGGACCAAAGCUCGUGGUGGAGACGUCGACGGGCAUACACCGAGUCCACCAUUGCCGAAACAUCACAAUGCCUGGGGUGGAUUCAUCAGUCGCAGCGGUACGCACGCUGCUCCCGAAAGAACCAAGUCACCCAGACGCUCGAAAUCACCAAGCACUUCUCCCUCUCGAGGUGAAGGGACCAAACAUUCCAAGCGGAAGAAGCAUAGUAGAAGUAGGUCUCGGAGUCACAGUCGCGGCAGAUCCUGCAAGCCUAAGAAAACACAACGGAGGCGAUCAGGAAGCCACAAAUCAUCACGCAGCCGUUACAGGUCACGAAGUCGAUCUCGUGAGAGGGAGCUGGAGAAAUCGAGCAAACAUCGCAGCAAACACAGGCGACAUUGAAUUUAUAUGCUCGACGUGUAUCGUAAGAUAUUAUGAUCGAGCACACAUUGAACAAUUAAUUUGUAAUAUAUAUAUAUAUAUAUAUAAUAAAACUUAACAUAGGCCUUGUGUAAUUAUAUUUUAUUCGGAAAACGUUUCAGAUCAAUCGUAGCCCCAGUGAAUCCCAUUGCAAAAUUUAAUCAAUCGUUGAUAUAUUACGUA